AUUCGACUCCACUCCACUCCCCACCUCACCUCGCCUUUUUAGAGAGAGAAAGAGAAGAGAGCGAGCUCGACGAGGAGAGAGAGAGAGAGAGAGAGGAGUCACCUCACCUGCACCUGAGCUAGAGAGAGAGAGAGAGAGAAGAGGAGGAGGGUGGUGGAGGAGGAGGCCGGGAGGGGGAGAUGGAGAGGCCGGCGCCGGUGAGGAAGUCCCACACGUCGACGGCCGACCUGCUGACGUGGCCGGAGGGCGCGGCCCAGGAGCUCGCCGCCGGGGCCACGCCGCCGCCCAACCGCCGGCCGCACCAGCCGUCGGAGGCGAUCAGUAAGGUGGUGUUCGGCGGGCAGGUGACCGAGGAGGAGUUCGAGAGCCUCAACAAGAGGAAACCAUGCUCAGCUCCCAAAUGGAAGGAGAUGACAGGAAGCGGCAUAUUUGCAGCGGAAGGCGAGGUUGAGGAAGACGAGUCAGCCAAUGCUUCUGCAACGCCCGUCCGAACGGUUUCUAAGAAUUAUCAGGCCAUUAGCACUAUAAGUCAUAUCUCAUUCGCGGAGGAAGAAAGUGUUUCUCCAAAAAAGCCGACUUCGAUAGCUGAGGUGGCGAAGCAGCGCGAGCUAAGUGGCACGCUUCAGAGCGAGGAUGAGAGUAAGAUGAAGAGGCAGAUAUCCAAUGCGAAAUCGAAGGAGCUCAGCGGCCAUGACAUCUUUGCUCCUCCAGAAGAUCCCAGGCCACGCAACUCCGCGAACGGCUCGACCUCACAAACCCCGGGCAAAAAUGCACAAGUGAGCACCAUCACGUUCGGAGAGGCUGACACCGACAGCGUGGUGAAAACGGCGAAGAAGAUCCCGGAGAAGAAGCUGACGGACCUGACGGGCAACGAUAUCUUCAAAGGCGAUGCUGCCCCGGGGACGGCGGAGAAGCACCUGAGCACGGCGAAGCUGAAGGAGAUGACCGGCAGCGACAUCUUCGCGGACGGCAAAGCGCCGUCGCGGGACUACCUUGGUGGGAUCCGCAAGCCCCCCGGCGGCGAGAGCAGCAUCGCGCUGGUCUAACAAACAAAACAAAACCCCCUGAUGGAUGGACAUAGCCUACUACGACAUUCUUGGACUCGUCCUCCCCGUUGCCGUCAUUAGGAGUGAUUUUUUUCUUCUAGGAGAGCUUCUUUGAUGAGACUGAUCGAUUGAACUGCUGCUGCAUGGUUUGUUUCCGUUUCUUUUUCUCGGCUUCUUUUUUUUUUGUUUAAUCUGAUCGAUGAUGGUGUGGGUGCGGCAAAGCAACGGUGAUGGAUAUCUAAUUUAACAUUUGGUGUGCAUGUGAUGAUGCGGUUGUGGUUGGGAUGGUUGCUUGGUUUGGUUGGUCGGUUGGUUGUGGCGUACCUAAUUGUAACAACCCAAAUUGGUGUAUUUGUUCUACUAUAGUUGCAUGACUUGAUGUCCCA